AUGGCGGCGAAAGCGAAGGAAGGCCCUGCCCCUCCCAAAGCCGAAGCCAAAGCAAAGGCUUUGAAGGCCAAGAAAGCACUGCUGAAAGGCGUCCACAGCCACAAAAAAAAAAAGAUCCGGACGCCUCCCACGUUCCGACGGCCCAAAACACCGCGGCUCAGGAGGGAGCCCAAACGUCCUCGGAAGAGCGCCCCCUGGAGGAACAAGCUUGACCACUACGCCAUCAUCACGUUUUCCCCGAGCACCGAGUCAGCCAUGAAGAAGAGAGAAGACAACAACACAGUUGUGUUCAUUGUGGAUGUCAAGGCCAACAAGCUCCAGAUCAAACAGGCUGUGCAGAAGCUCUGUGACAUGGACGUGGCUAAAGUCAAUACCCUGAUCAGGCCUGAUGGAGAGAAGAAGGCCCGUGCACGCCUGGCUCCUGACUCUGAUUCUUUGGGUGUUGCCAACAAAAUUGGAAUCAUCUAA